AUAGGCUCAGCAGCAAUCUCCACAGCACCUUUUGUUACCAAACCAGGCUUUAUUGUUCUGAGGAUUUUGAAUAGAGAUUUCGCAAGCUGAGAGUCUGUUGGUUACAGAUGGAUGGCUUUCAGUAAUAGUCGUUUCUUACAAAAUUACUGUUACCAUGAAAAUUCCUUCAGCGUUCAAGCAACGGAGCAACAUAAAGUAGUAGGAAAUGAGCAUUAAAUAAGAGGGAAGUAAAACAGUGCCGAGCACUGCCUGUGAGUGCUACUGUGCACGUUCCUUUCCUGAAAGCACUCGGAAGUAGCAGCUAAAAGAAAAUGUUAGAAGAGAAAAAGCUUUGAAAGUGCAAACAAUAGCAGAUUUAACUUUCCUAACAAUAUACCUAACAACACAGUGAGUCUCAAAAUGGGCAAGCUGGAAAGGGGUUUUGGAUUCAGGAGAAAUACGUGGGUUAGGUCUUGGCAACCAGCAACCACACCUCUAAGGCAACCAGCAUCAGCUCCAUCUGUGUCUCUCGGCAGCACUCAACCCAGAAGACCUGUUGUUGCACAACCGGCUGCUCAGGCCUGGGCAGACGAGCAGGCAGCACCGCAACAGGACCACGUUCGACAGGAUAAGAUUUGGAGAGAGGCUGUGGAGGCUGAACAGAGAGCAAGGAAAAUCUGGUACCAGAAUUGGAGUUUUCUAAAGGACUAUGACCAAAUGGGUAAGAAAAAGGAGCAGAAGCCUCUGCCAAACUAUAUACCUUUGUUCUCAAGCAAACUUCCCAACUCAACCAACCAGACUAUUGGCAGUCGAAUAAAUACGGAACUUGGCAGGGCUCUGAUAAACAUGGAUCACUUCUUCAGCAGCGGAGCACGAAAGAGGAAACUUGAGGAUGAACUCCAGUUUUCCUAGUGCUUCAGCAAAAAUAUAACAGAAACAAAGCAAGUUGAACAGUUCUAGCCAGCAGACUGCACAGUAUCUAAAAAAAAAAAAAACCUCAAUCUUUUACUCAGACCAAAAUUACUGUCUAGCAUGGAUUUUUUUUUCAUAAGCAAAGACGGAUGUUGUCCAACAAUGCCGUAGGAGACAAUUGUUUUCAUAUCUGGGCUAACUGGGCCAUAGAGAGAGAGUUAGGACCACAGAUCUCAUCUGUUUUGCCAUGCAAGUCUACAGCAACUUUACCAGUAGCUUCAGAGAGAGAAAGAUCACAGUCAAAAGGCAAUUUCUUCCUGAAUUUUCACCUCUUGAAAAGAAACAAUUAAUAAAGACUAGCUCAGAUGAGUCCCAACAACAACAUACUUUCAAUUUGUCAGUGCAAUAAAAUGCAGUAGCUUGUUGCAUUUCACAGUUAGCCAAGUAUUCAUCAGCCUCUGUCAUCCGCAUGUUGAAGCUUGCUCUAAAGAACAAAAUUUAAGGCACGUGAGAUGCGUUCUGUGCUUUUCACCCCUUCUUACUGAGGGAAGGAGGCCAAAUUUUUUUCACACUAGUUUUAGUUUUUGUUUCUUUAGAUUUUCUGCUCUCAAACUCCUUUUUCUUACUCUUUUUUUUUCUGGUUUAGCUGAUGGAAACUCUUUGAAAAGAAAGUAGGCUUUCACAUUUUGCUUUGAAGGCAUGUUGGCUCAGCAACUGGUCUUACACUCUUACAGUCAUCAACCUUUAAUUUAACAAGUUCACAGUUCCUAAAAUCUGUGGUUGCCCAGGGAAAUCAUCAUCAAGCUAAACUGACACCAUACCUAAAGCCUGUUCACUAGUGCAUCUUCAUCACAUAGAUGCAAACUUUAUGAUCUUUGUUUAUGUUCUAUGGGGGAAAAGCUGUAGUCAGCAGAGCAUGGAGAGUGUACCUGCAAUACCUGCCUUUGGAACUGUACGUAGCUUCUGUAGGACUGUCUUCAGUCCUAGGUGGAAAAGACACAGAAGCCAUUAGCAUUACCUUGAUGCAACAGGUUGGUGUCUCACUCAACCCAGGAGGAGAAGCGCAUACUAAUGCUUUGCAGCUAAGGUUAUUUGGUUUUAUGAUUAGACUUCAGCAGCAGGAGGCAUUUCAUAAGGACAAGAGGUGGUAUGGAACAGUGUGAUCACUGUUGUGAUCUCUAGAAAAAAAACAAUACGCUGGAAUAAGGGGAGCCAAACCCCAGUCACUGAAGUCACAGCACAACAGUUCUCCUCCUGGCUUCCACAAUGAAGUGAGAACUGGAAGAUUAAGGCUUUCAAGAUGACAGCUAAGCUACCUAGACAGAGGAGGGAAGACAACAUCACGCAAUCAGGCCAGGGAGGAGGACUGAUUCCACUCUACGCAGACAUGAAUAUCCAAUUUUGGUAGACUACUGUGUUCAGAUACACCAAAUGGGAACCUACUGUUUCAAAAAGAUACCUUCUUGUUCAGUUAAAAUGCUUUCUACUCUCUCCUGCAAGCAGAAAACUGCACCAGCAACCAGUUUAUCUUCAAACAUCUGAAAGAGGGAGAGGGGAGGACCUUUCCUUGUUCCCGUGUUGUCCAGAGUUACUUCCAAAAACUGCACAGGCUACUCAGAGGUUACAUAUUUAUUGGCGUUUGCAUAAUAGUGGAAGUCCCUUGCAUGCCUCACUCUGAGGUACACUGAGCUGCCUCAAUUUUGCCAUGGGUCACAAACUCUAUAUUGAGUGGUAGAUGUCCAACAUCUGUCAGGUUGAAGUUCCUAAUUGUGGAGGAACAUUUGUAGAGCAUGUGAAUUUCGUUUUUCAGCAUGAAGGCAGAGCUCUAUGCUUGCUAACCUCCAGGUGGCACUCACUCACCACUAAGUAAUCAACUAUAAAGGACACUGAGUUUUGGCAGGACAGUGUUACCCAAUUCCUUUUUAGUUUCCAGGGACAUUAAAUAAUUUCAGAUUGUCCACUCUCUUCGCCCUGUGUGAAUCCAAAUAACCCCUCUCCCAGAGUCCCUGCAGACUGGAGAGUACGGGAAAGAGUUCCAAGCAGUGCAUGAUUUAACACUCCCACUCCAGUGAGCACUGGCAUUGUUUAGGCUGAAGCGCUUUUCCCAGUUUUGGACAAGACCUUCCAUGUCUUGCCCUGAAGAUGUGGGCCACUAAGUGGAGUCUAGAGAAGCGAUGAUGGUAACUGGAGUAUGGGAAGAUAUGGCUUAUGAAGAAAGAUUAAAAGACUGUGAAAGUUUAACCUGAAGAAGUAGUCUAGAAAGAGGACAGAAUUCUUUAGAUAUAUGUAUAGCUCUGGAAUGAGAAAAGGAAUCAUUUUGUACCUCAUGUGAAUGACAGACCAUAACAGCUUAAACUAUAGCAAGGAAAAAUCAUGUUAACUUUUGGACAAGCUAGUGGUAAGGCUAUUGUGGCAUUGGAAUAGAUUCCCUGAGGGAUCUCCACCUUUAGACACACACAUCAGUCAAGAAUGAUGUAUUUAAUACGGUUUGUCUUUUAGUGUCUAAAUUGAAUGACCAUCUGAAGACCUUUUCAUCAAUACUCCAAUCUACGCCAGAGUUGUUGGAAUCCGAACACAGUUUGCAAACAUGAUUUUUCGAACACACAAAAAAGAAUUUCAACAAAAUCUUAUUUCACUUCCACCAGGCUUAAAUAGAUUGCACUUCUAAAAUGCAGAUUAAUCACCUAAUUAUUUGAUAGAAAAUAUAUUUCUAAUUAUCCUAACUACUCAUGCAGAAAGUGCCCUUCCAAAGUCCAGACAUGCCCCUUUUUAUCACACUCAUCUGGGAGGCCUGACCAGUGGCCUCCUGAUAGCCAUGUUAAGAACACAUCUCAAAGAGCACACUCAUGUCAUUAUGUCACAUUGACGAGCGGCAGUAACUAAUUUUCUUUCAACAGUUUCAGGAAGCCUUUAUUAAUGAAGUGUAGUCCUGACCGUGUCCUUAAUCAGGGACAGCACCUGCUGAGACGUCAGGCGGCUCCUGCAGUGGAGACAUGGAUACAGCACAGUGAGACCCUCAUGCUCUCCUGCACCACCCCUCAGCUGUACCUCUUUGCACAGAUCACUUCAGUCCAAUAGAUCCCAACAGGAACGUCUACAGGUAUACCUGAAGCAGAGCAAAAAUACACAAGGAUUUUUGGCUUAUUCAUCAAAGUGUGCAAGCUUGGAAAACGUAUCUCAGUGCCUUGUUGCAAGAUCACAGCAACUCACAAUGGUAUUGCCUCUUUUGAAAUACUGGUGGGCAACAACUAGACAGGAACAGCUCUGUUCACCUCCAAAACUCCAGUUUGUUCCUAUUUCCUGUUGAAAUCAAUAGCAACUCUUAGGCAUUUGACAUCUUAAUGACUACCUCUAAGUGAUUUUUUCGAGAACAAAAGUUUCCCAUGUGGAAUAGAUCUGAUAAUCCAUGUGAUAUGGGAACACUGUGUUUAUCUGGAUACCUUGUUUUCUUCAAUUAUUAUACUUUCCUUGGAAAUGUAAAUUAUUUUCUGCUGCUGCAGUUAGGCUUCCUCUGGUACCUAGCAUUACAUUUCAGAAGUUGGUUUGGAUGUCUCUACAUGUAUAGCGACCUCUGGAAAAGACCUUUUAGGAAUAACCAAGGUCCUAAUCCAAACUGCCUUAGUAUCUGCAGGCAGAAGGCAGCAAUCAGAUAAUUCUCCAGAUGUCAUUUUCAUGCCUACUUUAACAAUCAUUUUUCUUUUACCAUAAUUAACUUUUCCAGCUAAUCCUUACUUACCAAGUAGUCUCUUAGAAAGAACGGAUGAUAUGAUAACAGCACUGAAAUCUGUAAAUAAUCAGUGGAAAUUCCAUUUAUUAAAGAGACUGCGCAGAUAUUAAACUGUGUUGUAAGCUUCUUGUAAAGAGUUCUUAUGAUGUAUCACUUGUGCUUCAGUUUUAUCAGCUUUUAUCCUUUUUGUUGCCAGAUCUCAAACAAGAGAUUAUACAUGUUUAGAC